CACAAAUGCGAUUCACAAAAAAAAGCGUCAUUCGUCAAAAACAAUUCGGUGUUCGGUCUCUUGAUAAACACAUUGUUUUCGCUGAGUUUCAGCUGAAAAUUAUUCAAUUUCAUAAACAUUUUCUGUGAAUAAUUGUAUAAAAAAAAAACAAUUGAUUUUUUUCUAUUUACGUAUGGAAGUUUAUUGUUGGUUUUCUAUAUUUGUGUAGAAAUAACAUUAAAAAAUGACCGCUACAGAGAAUACAAACGUUCAAAAUAUUGCUGGCGCCACAGAAGGUGAUAUCCAAAUCGGCCAAACGUAUACAGUACGUCGUCCGGAUGGCACACUACACGAAGCGACAAUCAUUCAAAUACGCGAAAUUGAAGAUAAAUCCAAGGAAUACUAUGUACACUAUUCAGGCUUAAAUCGACGACUAGAUCAAUGGGUUACAGCUGAUCAAAUUCUAUCGGCAAAUACAAUCGAUGACGAUGACAAUACAUCUGGUGAUAGUAAAAGUGAUUGUUUAAAUAAUGCAUCAACAUUAGCUGCCGAUCCGAUAAAACCGAAUGUAUUGAAAUCAUUGAAUAAUUCAUCAAUUUUAAACGAUUCAUCGAAUAUUGUUGACAGUUCGGAACGAAAAAUAACACGAAACCAAAAAAGGCGUCACGAUGAAAUCAAUCACGUUCAAAAGCCAUACUCCGAAAUGGAUCCAACAACAGCUGCACUGGAAAAAGAGCAUGAAAGCAUCACCAAAGUUAAAUUCAUCGACACAUUACGCAUAGGAAAAUAUGAAAUUGAUACAUGGUACUUUUCACCGUAUCCCGAUGAAUAUGGAAAAGUUAAAACAUUAUAUGUGUGUGAAUAUUGUCUAAAAUACAUGAAAUACGAAAGCACAUACCGGCGCCACUGUAGGGAAUGUUCAGUAAGGUCACCGCCGGGAAACGAAAUCUACCGUAAAGGUGUAAUAUCAGUAUUUGAAAUCGAUGGACGCGAUCAAACAAUUUAUUGUCAAACACUUUGUCUAAUGGCAAAACUAUUUUUGGACCAUAAAACACUAUAUUUUGACGUGGAACCAUUCUAUUUUUAUGUUUUAUGUGAAAUUGAUCGCAACGGUUAUCACAUUGUUGGAUAUUUUUCCAAAGAAAAAGAAUCGCCCGACGGAAAUAAUGUUGCUUGCAUUUUAAUUUUACCGCCCUAUCAACGAAAAGGAUACGGUAAAUUUCUAAUCGGAUUCAGUUAUGAGCUAUCCAAGCGAGAAGGUGUAUUAGGCAGUCCAGAAAAACCAUUGUCAGAUUUGGGACGAUUGAGCUAUCGCAGCUAUUGGGCAUACACAUUGUUGGAUAUUAUGAAAGACAGUCGAACUGCAUCGCCAUCGAUUCGUGAACUUAGUGAAAUUAGCGGCAUCACUCAGGAGGAUAUAAUUACAACAUUACAAAGUAUGAAAAUGGUGAAAUACUGGAAGGGACAGCAUGUGGUGUGUAUGUCACAAAAAACUGUCAACGAACAUUUACUAUUGCCACAAUUUCGACAGCCUCGAUUAACCGUUGAUGCAACUUGUUUGCGAUGGGAUCCACCCCGACGAGUUUUACCACCCAAAAACAAUCGAAAAUCUUUCUCACUCAAACUCAAUGGAAAUGAUACAAUUCUAUAAAUUCAAUCAAACUACUAUCUAAAAUGAGCUCUGUAAACAAACAUUUAUGUUUAAACAAAUUCAAUAGGCGAACAUUUGAUGAUCUUUCAUUAAAUCAGUUAUUGCAAGUUGUAUGCAAAUUAAUUCAAUAAAAAAAACACAAUUUAUUGAUGCAAGCAAGUCAUAAAUAAAAGGAGUUUGAGUAUCGUUGCGAUAACUCUG